CGAGUUUUUCCGAGAAGACCCGAUUCCUGAGGAUCAGCUGACCUGCCUGGUGCUUCGACAACUGUCAGGAAAGGACGUUUCUCUGUGGUGGAAUUAAAAUAAAAAUUGCACAAAAUCGAACAGUUCAGCGCUGACAUGCCGUCACUGCUGUUCUGCGGGCCAAAGAUGGCCGCCUGCGGGAUCGUUAUCAGCAUCUGGGGGGUCAUCAUGUUGGGAAUGCUGGGAAUCUUCUUCAGCGCCAAGUCGGCCGUGUUGAUCGAGGACGUCCCGUUCACCGAGGAGGACAUCCGCAACGAUAAAAAUCCUCCUCUCAACAUCUACAACCUCUACAGUCAGGUCGGCAUCAACUGCUUCAUCGCGGCGGCCGUCUACGUGGUGGUGGGCGCCAUCUCCCUGUGUCAGGUGCGACUGAACAAACGUCAGGAGUACAUGGUGACAUAGGAGUGUGACCUGCGACCUCUGGUGGUGCUCGGACGACGCUGCGAUUUAUUUAUUUUCUAAUGAAAACCGUUGUCUUUUGUGAUGUUUGUUGUAUGAAAAGUCCCAUCAUUCCUGAAGUGGUCGUUGUGCACGUGUGUGAACGUGAACGGUUUGUGUUUGUGUUCGUCACCAGGUGGUGCUGAAGUGAUGUUUGUGUUUAAAAUGGAAUUUAAACAAGUGUAAAAGUUGAUCUGCUGAAAACUGUGUAAUAAAAGUGUUAAGGUUUAAA